AUGUUCCAACAACAAAUGAAGGCCGUGGGUUUGCAGGCUGGUUCGUUGAUGAAUCGAAUCAACUUACCUGCUUGGGCUGAAAAAUUAUGGGAAAGAAGUGGAUUAGUGAAUAGUAAUAAUGGUUUAUUUAAUUUAAGAUAUUCAUCUUUUAAGAAUAUUAUGGCUGUAAUUAAUCGUCUUCCAUCAUUCCAACAAGAAUAUCUUUCAUCAUACGGAAAUAUUGAAUAUAUUAAUACUAGUGAAAAGAGUUCAUAUCCUUUGUCUAGAAAAACAGAAAGAAAUAUUUUCUCUAAGAAAAACAUCAACUUUGUAUUGACCAAUUUUGUAUCUAAAAGAUUCUAUUCAACACCAAAAGGAUUUGGUAACUUUAAACGAAAGGAAUCAUCUGAAUCGGAUCAAAAAGAGGAAGUAAAGAAGGAAGAAAAGAAGGAGGAAAAGACUUCCGAAACUGAAGAAAAAGUUGAACAGGAGGAAAAGACUUCCGAAAAGAAAUCUGAAGAGAAGAAAGAAAAGAAAGAAAAGAAAGAAAAGAAGGAACAGAAGGACAAGGAAGAAAAAGAAAAUGAUGAAAAGAAGGAAAAGAAGCCAGCUAAAAUUGAUAUUACUGUUCCACACUUGGGAGAUAAUGUUGAAAGCGCAUACAUUAACAAAUGGUUCAAAUUUGUUGAAGAUGAAGUUUUUGAAGGUGAAGUUAUUGCUGAAAUUGAAGUCAAAUAUACAGAUGAAGAUACUCCUCAAAGAAUUAAUGUCAGAGCUGCCGAAAAGGGUAAAAUUAUUUCACACGAGGUCAAAAAAGGAGAAUCUGUCCAUUCAAACUUGAAAUUGGGUACGAUUAAGCCAAAGGAAGAAGUUAAAACUGAAACAGUAAAGCAAGAAUCAGGAGAAGAAAAAGACAAACCAAAAAUGAGCGUAUUGGACUACAUGUUCUAUGGUAUGCUUUUCGUCACUUUGAUCAUGAUUGCCACUUCAUACCAACAAUUACAUCAAGGAACUGGUUAUACAGCAUCUUUUGAUGAUUUCAGUCAAGAUUUGAGAACUCAAAACGUUCGUAAGAUCACUAUUCUUGAACGCUCUACAACAGUCACAACAAAGGAAGGAAGAGAAUACAGCAUUGGAUUUGGUGGUGAUAGCUUUGAAAGAAGAUAUUAUGAUUUAUUGGAAGAAAUGCACCAAAAUGGUGUUCAAGUUUCUGGUAUUGAAAUUUUCUAUUCAGGAAAGGAACAAAAGAACUUUGCUCAAACCAUUCAAGCAGCUAUUCAUUUGCUCAUUAUUGGUAGUUUAUUGUACUAUGCUUACAAGAGAAUGCCAGGAAGAGGUGGUGGUUUAGGAGCUAUGGAUCCAACUAAUAUGUUCACCAAAUCAUUUAAGGCUACAUCUCAACACUCUGUAAAAUUCAAAGAUGUUGCUGGUCUCGAUGAAGCCAAGAGAGAAAUUACAGAAUUUGUCGACUUUUUGAAGAAUCCAAAGAAGUUCAGAGAUAUUGGUGCUAGAAUUCCAAAGGGUGCAUUGCUUGUUGGUCCUCCAGGUACUGGUAAGACAUUGUUGGCAAAGGCAGUUGCUGGUGAGGCUGGUGUUCCAUUCUAUAGUAUUUCCGGUUCUGAAUUUGUUGAAAUGGUUGUUGGUGUUGGUCCAGCAAGAGUUCGUAAAUUAUUCAAAGAAGCUAAGGAUAAUGCUCCAUCUAUUAUUUUCAUUGAUGAAAUUGAUGCUGUAGGUAGACAAAGAGGCACAGGUAAAUUCAUGGGUAGAAACGAUGAAAGAGAAAAUACUCUCAAUCAAUUGCUUGUUGAAAUGGACGGUUUUACUCCAGCUACUGGUGUAGUUGUCUUGGCCGCUACAAACAGAUCUGAAAUUUUGGAUAAGGCUCUUACAAGACCUGGUCGUUUUGAUAGAUCCAUUGAUGUUUCAAUUGCUGACAUUAAGGGUAGAGAAGAAAUCUUCAAGGUUCACAUGAAGGGUAUUGUUUUGGCUAAACCAGCAGAGGAAUACGCUACUCGUCUUGCUACUCUUACUCCAGGUUUCUCUGGUGCUGAUAUUGCUAACGUUUGUAACGAAGCAGCUCUUAUUGCAUCUAGAGAAGGAUCUGAUCAUGUUACAAUGCGUCAUUUCGAACAAGCUAUUGAUAAGAUUAUCGGUGGUUUGGAAAAGAAGAAUAAGGUUUUAUCUCCAGAAGAAAGAAACAUUGUUGCUCACCACGAAGCUGGUCACGCUGUUGCUGGUUGGUAUUUGGAACAUACUGACCCACUUUUGAAGGUUUCCAUUGUACCAAGAGGUUCAGGUGCUUUGGGUUAUGCUCAAUACCUUCCAUCAGAAAGAUAUAUUACUACAAAGGAACAAUUAUUUGACUUUAUGUGUCUUGCUCUUGGUGGUAGAGCUGCUGAAAAGAUAAUAUUCGGUCACUUGUCAACUGGUGCUCAAAACGAUUUACAAAAGGUCACUGAAAUUGCCAGUCAAAUGAUUACUAAGUAUGGUAUGAGUGAUAAGAUUGGUAACGUUUCAUUCCCAGAUACAAAUGAUGGAUUCCAAGCUGAAAAACCAUACAGUGCCCAAACAGCUAGAUUAAUUGAUCAUGAAAUUAAGAGAAUGGUUGUUGAAGCUUAUCAAAGAACUGAAGAACUCUUGAUGAAACACAAAGAUGGUAUGGUUUCAGUUGCCAAAUUAUUACUGGAAAAGGAAAAGAUUGAUGCGCAAGACAUGGUUGAUGUGCUCGGUCAUAGACCAUUUGGUAAUGAUGCUCAAUUCGAUGCUUAUUUGAAGACCAAAGAUUUCCAACAAAAGGAAUUAGAGGAAGAAGAAGCAGCAAAGAAGAAGGCUGAAGAAGAAAAGAAAACAGAAGAACAAAAACAAUAA